UGCAGCCACCGUUAGGAAACCAGCUUCGGUCUCUUAGCAACGAACGGGCUCUGACAACACCUGAACUGAGGCGAGUGCUGGGAGGGUCUCAGGUGGAGAUUUCCCGAGAACUUUGGGACCCUGCCUUCCUUUCAUGCCUAAGCCUGUACAAAGUGGUCCCUACAAGGUGGGGACCCUUCGCUAGGGCAGCCGGCUAGGGGCCUUCCCGUACUCCUGGAGAGCGACACUGACGCCAUCCAGCCUCCAGCCUCAGUCGAGCGGCUAGGGCUCCCCUUUCUCGCUGUAUAAGUCGUAUUCUUGCAAAAAGCAUACGUAGAAAAGCAUAGUGCUUUCCAUUUUUAUAAAUUAAUCAAAUCUAGUACCAGAUUUUGCCACAGGCUGAUUUUGGGACGGGGACUCGUGUCGUUGCUGCGGAUAGCUGGUCAGGAGAUUUGUAAAUUGUACCGGAAAACGCCAGGAUGGAGGUAUCAAUGCCCCUGCCUCAGAUAUAUGUAGAAAAAACCCUAGCCCUUAUCAAGCCAGAUAUUGUUGAUAAAGAAGAAGAGAUACGCGAUAUUAUCUUGAGAUCCGGAUUCACUAUUAUACAGAGGCGGAAACUACACCUGAGCCCUGAGCACUGUAGUAACUUUUAUGUGGAACAGUAUGGGAAAAUGUUCUUCCCAAACUUAACAGCUUAUAUGAGUUCUGGACCUCUUGUUGCUAUGAUAUUAGCUAGACAUAAUGCCAUCUCUUACUGGAAAGAACUUUUGGGACCAGCUAAUAGUUUAUUAGCCAAGGAGACACACCCGGACAGCUUAAGGGCGAUAUACGGCACAGAUGAGCUAAGGAAUGCACUUCACGGGAGCAACGACUUUGCGGCCUCAGAACGAGAGAUUAGGUUCAUGUUUCCAGAAGUGAUUAUCGAACCCAUUCCAAUUGGACAAGCUGCUAAGGACUAUUUGAAUUUGUACGUAGCACCAACCCUACUUCAAGGACUCACGGAGCUUUGCAAGCAAAAGCCAGCAGAUCCUUAUAUCUGGCUUGCUGAUUGGCUGGUGAAAAAUAAUCCCAACAAACCUAAACUUUCUCAUUUCCCUCUAACAGAAGAGCCGUAGUCCACCCUGAGAGCGAGUGUAGGCUACUUCCGUGUAAGCAGCUGUGCACCCAAGGUCUUCACAUUAAAAACCGUGUGUCUCUG